GUAUCAAUGGCACGGGUUAGGAAAGACCACGUCCCUCAGUCGUAGGACGGCAGUCACCGCGUGACGAUCGUAGUACGUAAUAAUCGUGCUAACACAUGAAAAGAGACGGAUGUGCGACAUCGUUCGCAGCCGCAUUUAUGCGCUGUCACACGCGGGAGAGUGUGUCUAUGUGUGCCUCUAUGUGUUACGUCGUGUACGUGUGUGUGCGAGUGUGUGCAAUACGACAAUAGCCGAGUAACGACGACACGACGACGACGACGACGACGACGACGACGACAACGACAACAACGACGACGACGACGACGACAACGACGACGAAAAAAAAAAUUAACGAUUUCGACGUCAUACUAAUGUUCAAGAAAAUCGAAGUCGUCGGAUAAGUAAUAAUUAACAAUAAUAAUAAAAACGAUAUAACAAGUUCGAAAAUUUCAAUCAUUAUAGGACAUUGUCCUUUUUCAAUGUCGAUCGUGUCGUAACAGGAAGAUAAAAUAAAAAGUGAAAAAAAGAUACGGAAGAAGGAAAGAAAGAAAGAAAGAAAGAAAGAAGGGCGGUUUAGUAGGUUCGCAAGCAUCGUCGAUAAUACGGUCGCAUCGCGAAGGAAGACGCGCGCACGAUCGCCCCCUCGCGUAAACGAACGCUACGCCCUAUUCGUCUCGUCUUUCCUCUCGGCUCGUCUCGUCGAAGGUCGGCCGACGUCGUCGCGACGGACCGCGCCGACGGAUAAAACGUCUCGUCGAAGAGCCGUGGGAAUCAGCCGGCGGAAGGAAGAGCGCUGCGCGGUUCGGAGUUUUAUACUGAGAGCGAGAGAGAGAGAGAGAGAGAGAGAGAGAGAGAGAGAGAGAAAGAAAGAGAGAGAGAGAGAGAAAGAGAGAGAGAGAGAGAGAGAGAGAGAGAGAACGAUCUUUCGCGAGGACAAAGACGAAGGAAGACGAGAUGCUCGAGACUUGUACAAAGCUCUCGUCUGGACGAAACGGUGAAGGGUCUCUUUGAGAGAAAAAGAAAGAAUCGUCGGAAGGAGAAAGAGCACUAGAAGAAAGAAGGAGGAGAAAGAAGAAAAAGAAGAAAAGGAAGAAAAAGAAGAAGAAAACGUAAGAACGUGGCGUUGGAUCGCCAGUGGGCGAGGCAAAGAGGAAAGGACCGGAGAGAGAUAGAGAUAGUCUCACUUUCUCAUUGGUUCUCUACUUCGAAACGCGAAUUUUUUUUGUUGAAUAUGCGAUAACGCAUGUACCGGCUUGGUAAAUCGAACUUCCCACGAAGAGGAGGGCUUUCCUUGGAGUUGGAUAUACAUUGUUGGUCCAACCCUUGGGUAUCACCCUCCUGACGUGACGUAGAUCCGACCUUGCUGUCGUCUACGUCGUUGUCAUCGUUGUCAUCAUUGGCAUCGCUAUCGUCGUCACCAUUGUUGCACUCGUGUGCAUCCUGAGAGACGAAAGAACGAAAGAAUCGAGGAAACGACGUUUCAUACUUCUUCACCUUUUUUGCCGAGGGGAGUCUCGGCUUUGUCGUCGUCGUCGUUGUCGUCGUCGUUGUCAUUGUCGUCGUCGUCGUCGUCGUCUUUGUAGUCGUUGGAAUCGUAAUCGUUACGGCCACGACGAUUCCGCAAGGAUUAAGCGGGCAGCGUGGGCGGAGGGUGCCUUUGUGGGUGCCUCGGUGGACUACGCGCGGAAGGUGACACCGGAAGAGGAAGAGAGGAAAGGAAAAAGAGAAGGAGAGAAGAGAAGAGACGAAGUUUGUUCCUCCCCGACACGAUGAAAGCAUAGCGAACGAGGACGAGAAAAGGGACGCGCGCGCGCGCGCGCCAGCGAGCACGCAUUGUCCUCUCCCCCUAUUAUAUAUAUAUAUAUAUAUAUUUUCUAGCCUCUUCCAGCUUCUCCAGAUAGAGAUAUCCUUCUCUCUAUCUCCCCCUUUUCAAGAUGGCCGCUGCCUGCUACGAAAAGGAAUCGGUGGUGGGUGGCACGACGAUGCACGGUCAUGGCCAUCACCAUCAUCACCACCAUCACCAUCAUCACCAUCAUCAUGCCGUUAAUUCGAACUGUGGUACACCCGGGCAGACGGUCCUACCGGCCGGCUCGAGCGGUAUCCUUGACGCCGCGGCAGCCGCCGCCGUGGCCGCAGCUGCUGCCGCUGCUGCCGCCAACGGACCCGGUUCGAACUCGGCCGCCACGAGCGGUGGUACCGGCACCGCGGUGACGGCCGCAGCGGCCGCGGCUGUAGCCGUAACCACUUACAAGGAUUACAAGGACUAUUCCCAACCACUUCACGUCGAUUGCAGCGUCGAGUACGAACUACCGAGCCAGGCGAAGCCACCGCCCGGUGGUGGCGAACCCUUGCUCAUGAUACACCCUUGUUAUUAUCGACGAGCUGAACGAGAAAGAAGAAGUCCCUUCGUCAACAAUUUACCACCACCGACCAACACACACUCAAUAUCCUCCUCCUCUUCCUCGAGAAGGAUCUCAAGGCGUACCACUGCCUCUUCAGCGAACUCGGCAGUCGCAGCUGCUUCAGUAGCAGCCACCGUCGUAUCCUCCGUCUCUACCUCCACCGUUUCAUCGACUUCUGCGUGUACCGCCGCUAUGGUUGCACCAAGUACUGAGUCUCUUGGGACGAGCCUGAUAUCCUCGACCAACGGUCAGAUGUCCUCAGUCGCCGUGGCUGCCUCCUAUCGAGCCGCUCUCAAUGCCGCUGCCGCAGUUUCUCAACAGCAGGCUCAACAACAACAGCAACGCCGUCAUCAACAUCAGCAGCAACAGCAACAACAGCAACAACACGCGCUUCAUCACGCUCAGCAUCGAACUCACCCAACUCAUCCGCAUCACCAACAACAACAGCAGCAACAAUCUCAAAGUUCGAUUACGCCGACCACUUCGACUUCCGACCUCAUUUCUGCCGACGAAAAGGCAGUUAUAUCAGGUAUUUAUCAACACUACUUCCGUGCGAUGCGAGCCCAUAACCAUCAGCAUCGGCAGCAACAACAACAGCAACAGCAACAGCAGGUUCAACAGCAGCAGCAACAGCAACAACAUCAUCAUCAUCGUACGCAUCAACUUCAUCAACAGCAACCUCACCAAAGCGACAGAAGUUCCUCCUCUUCGUCUGCCACGUCAACGACCACUUCGGUGUCCGGUAUCCUACGGCAAAGCUAUCAACAAGCGUAUAGCGCAUCGACGAGCUCGAACUCGUCGACUCAUCAUCGUUCGGUCACGGCGUCCGUCCUAGCGCAUCAUCCUUACAGGCGACCAUCUUCGACGUUGUUAUCGCGAACAACGUCGCAUCUCGGGCAGCAGGCUUCCUCUUCUUCCUCUUCCAUAAACUCGUCCACCAUCAGUGCUUCCAACGGCGUCACGUCCAGUGCCGUUUCUAGCGUGUACGCCGGUGCGAUACACAGGCAUCACGCGACCUCGUUGCAUGCUCUUCAAGCGGCUGGCUUCUACGAGACACCCGGUUAUCACGCUCUCCUACCCCAAAGCUAGACGAUUGAGAACGGCUUCUCUGAUCAGCCAAUGCGUCGUUCAUUCGGAGAAUCGAUUUCUCCUUUCGACACCUCGAACCUCUUCAUUCCGGUGUCAUGAAAAGGACGGAGAGCUUAAAUUCACAACAGCUGGUGAUGAUCGAACGACUAAAUGGAAAAAGGAUGACAUUUAGUAUAAAUGUCUUCGAAAUGGUUAAAGAAAGAGAGAAAGAGAAAGAAUGCGUCAUAGGGGGAGGCAGCUGAAAUGGUUGACCCUGUGGAUCGAACGUUUCCAUCCACCUACAGUUUCUCUCUCUCUCUCUCUCUCUCUCUCUCUCUCUUUCUCUCUCUUUCUCUUGCUUUCUUUCUUCUUCUCUUUUUAUCUCAACAUCGUCGUUCUCUAUUGGCAUGGCUCAGGUACUUGGAAGAUGCUGUUUGCACAAGAAAGAGGGAGAGACCCUACGAGAAGAAUUCUCGUCGGAGCUCUUGCGAGCUUUUAGCUCGCGGCUCUUCUAUGCACGUCCCUUCGUUCUGUAUGUUAUCCAUUUUGAAAUUCGACGUGCCGUCACGGCCGAAGACCGACGACGAAUAUCCUCGUCGUUCCGCGAACACGGUAAUCGUGUAACCGUAUCGAUUUCCAUGGCUUAGGCAGUAUUUCCACCGGAUUUCGCUCGGUCUACUUUCGCAUAGAAUGAACGGCCCCUUCUGUCGAUAAUGAAAUCCUGAACCUUCAUUUCCUUCUUUUCUUUUUUGUUUCAAUUUGAAUCAAGAUAAUUUGUUCGUCGAUCAAAAAGUGUUUUUCCACUUGAAGAUUCGAUCACUUUCAAUAAUGUAUAAUGAUCGUACCUAAUUGUUUACAAUCUUCCGUCGAAUUUCCGCAUGAUUUUUGUAUCUACUAUGAAAAUAAAAAAAUAGGAGAGAGAAAAGAUAACAAAGAAAAAAAUUAAAUUAAGCUGGUCUUAUAAGCUGGUCUUGAAAAAAAACAAAUCAAGUCGAAAAUUUUCGAAGAUUGCGUUAUUAAGAUGGAAUGCGUGCGAGAAAAGAAAUAAGCAAUUUUGCAGAAAUUCGAUUGGUUUCUAGAAAUCGAUCAUGCUAGAUUAGGGGAUGGAAGAAGAUGGAGGAAGCUAAAGUUCUCGACGUGUGCCGUUCGAUUUUUAGCCUGUAAGAGAAAGAGAUAAAGAUAGGCUUCUAGGAGAAAGGAUAGGCGUACGGUAGUGUAGGAAAGAAAGAAUGAAAGAAAGAGAGAGAUAGAGAGAGAAAGAAAGACGAAAAGGACGGCGGCUGCGCCGAUGGAACGUCGCAGCAGUCAGUAGGUACGCCCGCGGGCAUCCUUAUCCGUUCUCCUCGCUCUACCAAGACGACGUAUCUCCCUAGAAAGCCGAGACGGUCUUGGAUUUCUUCCUCCUCCUCCUUCUCUUCCAUCUCCUCUUCUUUCCCUUUCCCUUCUCCUUAUCCUCCUCUUUCUUCUGCUCUUCUUCUGCUAUCUCUUUCUCCUUCUUCCUUCCUUCUUUCUUUCUUUCUUUCUUUCUUUCUUUCUUUCUUUCUUUCCUUUUUUAUUUUCUUCUUCCCUCCGUCCUGUGCCCUUUUCAAAGAGCGCGCUCAAGGAGAAACGGACGGCGGGGACCGUAUUUCGUUACACGGUAACGAUCGAUCAACGUGACCGCACGACCGCACCAGCGGUAUGGCCGUGCUGAGGCGAAACCAGACGAGAGAAAGAAAGAGAGAAUAUAGUGGGCCCCAACAGGAAGGAGAGAGAGAGAGAGAGAGAGAGAGAGAGAGAGAGAGAGAGAGAUGGGGGUGUGGUUGAAAGAAAGAGAGAGAGAGAGAGAGAGAUAUCGAAGCAAAUAGAAAGAGAGAGAUAGAUAGAUUCAGACAGAUAGAACAUUCAGGCAGACAGAAUGAUAGAGACACGUUCAGGCAGGCAGAGAGAGAAAGAAAGAUUCAGAGAGAGGAGAAAGAGAGAGAGAGAGAGAGAGAGAGAGAGAGAGAGAGAGAGAACGUAUCAGAAACGAAACGCAGACGGAACGCAGACGUUCCCGAACCUGGUAUAUGCAACGACUUUGUAUUCCAGAAACACUGAUCAUAUCCUCCUUGCACUUGCGGCACGGCUUCUCUUUUGCCUUUCGGGAUAAGAAACGUGACAGCGCGUAUUAUAUUCUUUUUGCUAUUCGAGACGUACUCCUGCGUAUCAACGCAACGCCAUUUCCGUUUGCCUGUCUUUCUCUUUCUUUCUCUCUCUCUCUCUCUCUCUCUCUCUCUCUCUCUCUCUCUUUCUCUCUCUUUCUCUGUCUCUCUGUCUUCUUGCCGUCAGCAGUACGGUUUUUGCUCGAUCAGAGCGGUACUCUAUCGAUCGUUGUGUAUGUACUUCUUAUCUUCGUAUAUGUUUAUCUAUGUAUAUAUGUGCUUAUAAUUUCAUGUGGUAAAACACGUGGUGUAGCCUUUCCUAUGAUCAAUUACGUUUUCACUGGCUUCGCCUUUUCUAUGAGCUUAUCAAUAAUUAUAAAAUAGAACUUUGUAUCUGAUAAAGCGUUCUAUUACGUAUUUUUUUUUUUUAUUAUUUUGUAAUUAGAUAUUUUAUAUAGAAAAUUUUAAUUUUUAUUUUGUCAUUAUGAUAUAAAUUUUGUACGUGUCAAAAAUUUCGUUCGUAUCUGGGAAAAUGAUAAUGAAAGUAAAAGAAUCAAAAAGACAAAGAAAAAAAAAAAGAAAGGAAAGAAAAAUAUGAGAAGGGAAGAGAAGAGAGAACGUUUCCAUAGACGGCAUGGAAUUUCUGCGGUAUACGCGCUGAACAAGGUCCGCUUUGUAGAAGGAAUUCAACGAGGACGGAGGGGUUGGCGCUGUAAAGAGGAGGACAUCUAACGUUGUGUAAACUUCGAGAGGUUACAAGAGUAGCGCGGUAGAGACGUGACUGUAAUUUCAUUCACCUCCUAUAUAUGUAUGUAUGUGCGUAUACACCUAUAUACAUACAUACAUACAGAAGUAGUCGCUCGCUCUCUCGCAUGCUCCGCGUUCUAGAUCGUUGUUCGUUGAUGCCACCAAAGAUUUCAGUUCGAGAUCUAGGCCUUUUCUACGUAAAACUUGACGUAUCCGCGGGAACACGUUGAAAUGAAAAUUUAGAACGAAGAAAAAGAAUAAUCAACUCCGUUUGAUCUUUCUGCUUCCUCUUUCUUUUUUUUUUUUUUUUUUUUCUUUUUUAUUAUUAUUAUUUUCUCUCUUUCUCUCUUUCUCUCUCUCUCUCUUUUUAGAAAAGAUUCCAUAUAUUAUUUUUACAUAUGCCCGAACGGUAAAGCGGUUAAGUAAAUUUACAAAGCAACGAUAGUAGAUAUGGUUUUUGCGAAUCACGCGACAAGACACGGAUUGGCUUGCAGUCUUAGAAGCGCAAACGUCAGAAUCGUCAUUACGUCACGGAUAUUGGAAUCGUGAGCUUGGUGCGUGCUCUAGAACAGUCACGUGCAGAUAGAAUGAAGAGAGAAAAAGAGAGAGAGAGAGAGAGAAAGAGACAGAGAAAGAAUUGUAGAUUGCAAUGUUUUAUUUAGUUGUAUCAAGAAAUUAUGGAUCUAAUUAACAAUAGAAUAGAGAGAGAAAGGGAGAGAGAGAGAGAAAGAGAAUAUCGCUCCUAUCCAUUAUUUGUAUAUCCUAUUAUACGAGGAUGUUCUCUUAAUUCUUUUUUUCUUUUUUUCUUUUUUUUAAAUGAGGCGAUCAUAACGGAGGGAUGCGUUUCCUGUUCAAAAUCGAACGAGAUGGCCGAGGUUAAAUGUUCGUCCGCCGACAUUUACUCGACGAUGGAAGAAGGAAGAGGGAACAUUAUCGUAUCUCGUUGAAACCCCCGUUGAACUCGUUAUAUAAUAUGACGUCGACAUUAGGCAAUUAAGAGAACUAUCUAUGUGUAUGUGUAUGUAUGUAUGUAUGUAUGUAUGUAUGUAUGUAUGUAUGUAUGUAUGAAUGUAUGUAUGUAUGUAUGUAUGUAUGUAUGUAUGUAUGUAUGUAUGCAUGCAUGCAUGUAUGCAUGUAUGUAUAUCUGGUAUACGUAGAAGGAUAGACAUUUGUUGUUCGCAAAGGUUUCACAGUGGGUCGCGACCUCGACUUUGCCUCUUUACAAAACGUGAAUAAGAGCCCACACAACGGUUUCCCUCUCUUUUACUCUUUCUUAGAACUCAACGAUGAAGACUCUGCAUAACCAUCAUCGUCAUCGCGUUUUCGAGUUCGAAAUCUACUCUCUCUCUCUCUUGCUUUUGCUCUCCCUCUCUCUCUUUCUCUCUCUGUCUUUUUCUCUUUCUGCUUUGCUACGCAGACAUAUGUAAGAGGUUCACGUUUAUGAAACGUUAGCUUCGCAAGAGUUGACUUUACGUUCGCAAAUUUUCGUUUGGUUUGCGAUCGUUUUGAGAAACAGAGAGAGAGAGAGAGAGAGCAUUAGCUUGAGAUCGUUACAAAGUAAGCGGGGCGAGGCGAGUCGAGGCGACGUGAUGUACGCGGAGAACCGUAAUGAGUUUUUGCGGCUGGUCUCGAAAUUAGACGCUACGCCUCCGUCGAAAAGCAUUUCGUUCCUGGCACUUACCCUCGUCUCUCUCUCUCUCUUUCUCUCUCGUGGCGUAGCAUUUCCGUCCUGCUGUUUUUGCUCGUCCGUAGGGAACGGGUCUCUCUCUCUCUCUCUCUUUCUCUCUCUCUCUCUCUCUCUCUCUCUCCCUCUCUCUCUUUCUCUCUAUCUCGUCGUUCGAAGCGUGGAAAAGCGCCGUCGGACACCGGGCAUAAUUAUUUCAGUUUGCGAACGCUGACGUUGCACGUUAUUCGAAACCGAUGGUGGCGGUCGAUGUUAAAGCCUCGAGAAAGGUAUCGUCACGAAAAAACGCCGCUUCCCUUCGGAGGGAUACGCCCGAUAAUCACUAUGAAAUUUCACUUGGAACGAUCGAACGCAUGAGAUCUAUAUAUAUAUAUAUAUAUAUAUAUGUGUGUGUAUGUAUAUAUACAUACUAUUUUAUAUAGUACAUUCGAUAUCAGGCAUCUAUCUUGCUUGUCUUCCUUUUACGUUUUCUCUUGUAUACAUUGUAUAUAGAUAAAUGUGUAUAUAUAUUAUAUAUAUAUAUUUGUAUAUUAUUCUUAUAAUGAAAUUCUAUUGGUUUUUAAGUUCUUCUAAUUUAUAUAGUAAUAAAACGAAGAGUGAUCAUAAUUUUUAUUUAAAUUAUACUUAACACUUUAACUUUAUUUGUAAAAAAUAUUUUUACAAAUAAAAAUAACUGUCCUCUGAAAAAAAAAAGAAGAAAACAGAUGACAGAGAUUAACAGUAUAUCCUUGAAUUGCGAAAAUCGAAUUUUAAUUGAUUUUUCUAUAACCCUUUGUAUAAACCUGGAUAAUACAAUGACAUUCUGAGCUCACAUUCGAAGAAUUCACGAAUAAAAUACGUGGAUGUUUGAGGCUUCGAACAUGUCGGAUCUUCAUCCAUAUGUCAUGCCAACAUGAAAUUUUCUCUCUCUCUCUCUCUCUCUCUCUCUCUCUCUCUCCAUCUAUCUAUCUAUCUGUCUAUCUAUCUCUCUCUUUCGUUCUCAGGACAGGGCUAGCCAACCGAUACUAUCUUCUACCAACGACAAUGGUGGGCUUUCUCUCCCUUCAUUUCAUACACCAACGUGUGCUUGUUCUCUAGCCCUCAUCGAAAAAGAGAGAGAAGGAGCAGUUAGGGAAGGGACGAAGUAAGGGAGAAAGAGAAACGAGGAUGAACGAGGGCGUUCGUAAAAUCCGUUCUCGUUGCUUCGUGCUCGAACGUUCCGAACAUCGAAUGGGCUCGGCAUUGUUACCUUUCUCGUCAUCGAGACUACCGAAUGUCAAGUGGCAAUCGAUAUACGAUCGACAAACGCGUACCUCCGUCUCUCUUUCCGUGCUUACCUAAUACGAUCGAUAACUAAAAUCGUCUCUGUCCGUCGCGCAUAUUACGUCAUGGAAAAGUCGACUCGCAGAGCUCGUUCGACCUAGGCUAAGUGAACUGAGUUUUCUUCGAUCGCUUCGUCUCUCUCUCUCUCUGCUUCUAUUUUUUUUUUCCUUUCUUUCUUUAUUCUUGCUUUAUUCUUUCUUUAUUCGUUGUUAUUUCAGGAAAGACCUUUAGUAUAUUUACGAAUUCGUUCAAACUACGUCUUCUUUUAGAAUACUUUUAUUCGUAUUUAAAAAGUCUUCAAAGAAGUCACCAUUUCCGAGAUAAUUUAAAUAUUAAGUUUGAUAGUUAACUUUUAUAAAGAAAACGAAAUUAGAGAAAAGUUAAGAAGUAUAUCGGUCGAUAAGAAACUUGACUUUUGUCAAAAUGCGAAAUAGAAUUUUCUCGGUGGUAGUAGCAUAGUGAUCGCAGCGAGUGCGGCUCUCCGCUGUACCGUCGAUAAUGGUACACAGUGGGUCGACGUCGUUAUGCAUACAGGGUGCUCCCCUACUUGCUCUCGGAAUGCCAUUUCGGAAAUUCUUGAAUUAUUAUGCGCCAUGGUCAAAUGUUGUUCCUUCUCUUUCUCUCUCUCUCUCUCUCUCUCUCUCUCUUUCUCUCUCUCUCUCUCUCUCUCUCUCUUUCUUUCUCUUUCUGUUUCUUUUCCUUUCUAUCUUUCUUUUCUUUCAAACGAUCUGUUUUCAACUCCCUCACUUAUCUCCGCUUUCUUUUUUUUUUAUUCUUAUAGGAUAGCAUCGUGUCUUAUUUCCUUUUUUAUUGCUUUCGUAUUCCAAGUCAGUCUCUCUGAGAGUUUGGCAAAAGACACGUUCGAGUAACUUCGAAUAUGACGAUAAUAAAGGCUCCUCGAGCCUUUCCGCAAAGUCAUCGCCGUGUAUGUCGUGCCUUGUAUUUUGCCUUAAAGAUACGUGCCUCCUCCGCCUUUUCCCUCUCUCUCUCUCUCUCUCUCUCUCUCUCUCUCUCUCUCUCUCUCUUUCUCUCUCUUUCUCUUUUUCUAUCCCUCUUUCCGUCAACGUUCUCUAUCUUUCUUUUACUCUUUCUAACGCACACGAUGUACACGACGACAGCAACAACGGGCGACGACAACGUCACGGUGGUACGCACGCGUACAAGCCCACAUCCGUAUCCGAGGGGACAGCGCGCGUGUCCUCCAAGUUCGUUUUCAACGCUUUCGAGAAUGUCGCCGAGCGAUCCGAGGCCAUAUUUUACGUUUAUCGCAGGCAUUAUAUUUUUUUCCAAAUGUAGCCCGUUAUUUGCAUCAGCUCCGUUCUUUCCUCCAUCUCUUUUUCUGUAUCCCAAAGUGCAUUUAUCAAUGAAUCCAGUAUGCGACAGAUUCGAGCUAUCGUAAAGUAAUGUCACAUCGAGAAAAGCUUGGUUCGUAAUAUCGAUAAAGACAAAAGAUAUUAGAUAUUGGGAUACUUCUAUUUUACCGUUUUCUUCUUUGUUGCGUCAUCGUAGUUUAGAGUUAUUGUUCUCACUCUGUCUUGCAUAUCGAUAUCAUCGAUUUUGAAAAAGAAGAAUCAUAUUAUUUAUAUUCUCUUUCUUUCAUUUCUCUUAAAAUUUUCAUAUUGAAGUAUUUGAAAGUUGGCGAGAAUUCUUUAGUUCGUUUUAUAUCUCGAAGGAAGUCCUUUAUCCUGAAAAAGGCUUCGGUUGUCGUAUCGCGAGCUUCGACCCAGAUUUCAAUCGACCUCUUUCUCUCUCUUUCUAUCUCUCUCUCUUUCUCUCUCUUUCUUCUUCUCCCUCAUUCAUCGACAUUCAUCGCAAGAAGCCUCGUUACGAUGCGUCUUUUCUAAUAUCGCGAGACAUACAUAGUCUUCCUUGGAGCGGACUCGACUCCCCUUCCCUAUAGCGAAUUUAUACGUCUACCAUCCGAUCCCGUUCACCCUCUAACCCACUUUAUAUAGGCAUCUCCGUAUCGCGGAUCGUAUCGAGAGCCGAUGGAUCGACUUUCCUCGAAUUGCGUAUCACGUUCAGUAUCCCGGAAAAUUUAACAAUACUUCGUUCACCAAGACAGAAUUUUCCUUUUCAUUUCUUUUCCUUUCUUUUUUUUUUUUUUUUCUUUUUCUUUGUUCCCCGUCAACGUAAAUACAAAGUUCACAUACCUGAACAAAUUCAUUUCGAAGCGUAAAAUAUCAUUAUAUUAAACUCAUUUAAUCGAUCAUUUUUCUUCUUUUACCUUUCGAAAUGUAUUUUGUUUUCUUUAUUGAUCUUAUCUUUGCGUGAAAGUAUGUAUUAUGAGCACUAUUAUGCCAUUAUUCCCAAAUGGUUGCCCCGAUCUUUAACAGGGAACUACUGCUGGAGUAAAUACAAGAAAUAUGAUCCCUCUACCUUCGACUUUAAGGUAAAUACUUUUUGACCAGGAUUUUUGAGCACAAAGCCAUCGACCCUGUAUAUACCUGAAUGAAAAAUAUAUAUCUACUAUAUAAACGCAUAUAUAUUCAACUAUUUCGAAUAAUAUGAUAGAUCCUCUUUUUUAUGCUUAUACAACUAUCACAAUCAUUAUGUUCAACGGGAUGCUAGUAAUCAUUAUCACCUCGUCGAACUAUACCUACGUUCCUGCGUUAAUCUUCGAAACAGGAAAAUGCAUUUUACCCGAAAAGUGUGCCAAUAAAAGAUCGUUCCUCAAACCUUUGUCCUACGAUCGAACCAUUCUACUGUUCACCAUUAUUCGUCGAAUUUCUUUGUGCUCGCCAAAUUUCGAUUCGAUUCACAUUAAGGAGAAAGUAUUCAGGAUUUACCCCUCCAUUUUUUCUCUUUUUUCUCUUCAAAUGAAUGAAUUUACAACUUUGCAAUAAUCAUCAAUUCUUAUUUUUAGUCGGAUACUUUAUAAACUACUACCUAGACAUAAAUUUUUAAUCGAUCGAAUAUAUUCGAAAUAAGAUUAUUGAAGAGAGUACUGAAUUAUUAUGAAAAAUUUCCUUUCUCUUCUACCUCUAUACUUUGCGUCUACCCGAUCGAAACUAUAGCGUGUAACCCUCGAUUAUCGUUCGCGUUCUACGUGACUCGUGAGCGUACUGGACGUACGUCUAGACUGGAAAAAGAAAAAUUCGAAUAAAAAGAAGGAUAGAUUGUGGGGAUAAGUAGAGAGAAAGAGACAGACAGACAGAAAGAGAGAGAGAGAGAGAGAGAGAGAGAGAGAGAGAG